UAGAACGGGUAUCUAGUUGGGUUGUGGGAAGAUUUGUGAACACCGUUUUUGGAAUAUUAAUAAAAAAUGCGCUUUCACAUGGUUGGGUUCCGAGUACGAAUCAAAUUGAAUUACAAUCAGAUAGGGGCUCUUUUAGGAAAAUAGACAGGAAGGGAAACGUGGCAAAGAUAUCGAAGUGGAUCAUGAAUAUAAAUAGUAGAUCAAAAGAAAACACGCAUGCCCACGCGUUAACAACUCCAGUCACUCCAGUCAGGCUCGUAAG